UGUUCAGUGUAGCCGGUGGGUUGAGUCACAAGGAGGCUGUGCUAACAGGGGAACACCGACAAGAGUAGGAAGAGGCCGAAGAAAAUAGCAAAUAUUAUCCGGUAAUGCAGACUCAAGCGUGUUUUUAGGAAAAAGAAAAGCCAGACAACAGAAAAGUUGUUUUUGAGUGUUGCUGAUGCUGCGUUUCGAUCUUGCAUACCAGUGUUCGGAUCCCAAAACCAGCGAUACACGUCGAUAAUCUUCGCUUUUUUGCGCUUCUACGCAUGCUUGUGGGUGGAAAAUGAACCGGCACCGCUAAGCCAUCACCGGUGUAUUGCUGACACCAUCAUCCACGCUGACUCUCCCUUUCAGUUUCUGCUCAGCAUCCAUAUUUGCAUCCCAGGGAGUGGCUGCCACUAAUCCCUCUCUCCUGGUGAGAAAAUUGAAAGUUGGCCGGUUGUCGGACUCCCCCUUUGGACACUGUAAUUUCCACAUAAAGAGCUAACCAUGGAGAGCGACAGCCCCCACUCCCACAUCUAGUGCCUGCUUUGACGCCUUCCUCCCCGGGGAGCAGCUCUCAGGUCCUCCCUGCUCCUGCAGAAUGAACAUGUUGAAGUCCAGCGGACUGAAGAUCCCUGGCCGGGGGCCCAAACACUCCAGCCCCUCACCGGGGGGGCCUGGAAGAACCUCCAGCCCCGUGGCCCCUAAAGACAAUACUCCCCUGAAACCCACCACACCGACUAAAAUCUCCGAAGAGGGCGACGAUGUUCUGGGGGACUACACGGUGGGGGAGACGGUGUGGGUGAACGGUGUGAAGCUGGGAGUCAUCGCCUACCUCGGGGAGACCCAGUUCGCCCCGGGACAGUGGGCCGGCGUGAUUCUCAACGACCUAGUUGGCAAGAACGACGGGUCAGUGGGCGGUGUGCGGUACUUCGAGUGCCAGCCGCUGCAGGGCAUCUUCACCAGACCCUCCAAGCUCAACCGGCAGCAGGCGGGAGAGGGCAGCGACAGCCACUCCAUCGACUCCCAGAACCAGGGGGGCAACGGAGUCCCCGCCAGCCAGAGGGUGGUGAUGCCCCUGAGGGAGGGUCUGCUCAACAGCGCCGUGAAGACGGGCAACGAGUCGGGGUCCAACAUGUCCGACAGCGGCUCGGUGAAGAAAGGAGGGGAUAAGGAUCUGAGAGUCGGAGACCGGGUUCUGGUGGGGGGCUCUAAGAUGGGAGUCAUUCGCUACAUGGGGGAGACAGACUUUGCCAAAGGGGAGUGGUGCGGUGUCGAGCUGGAUGAGCCCCUGGGGAAGAAUGACGGGGCAGUGGCUGGUACAAGAUACUUCCAGUGUUUUCACAAGUUCGGCCUGUUCGCUCCGAUCCACAAAGUGAUCCGCAUCGGCUUCCCCUCCACCUCCCCGGCCAAGGCCAAGAAGAGCAAGCGGAUGGCCAUGGGCGUCUCCUCUCUGGCCCACAGCCCCAGCAGCUCCUCCAUCAGCUCAGUCAGCUCGGUGGCCUCCUCUGUGGGCGGACGGCCGAGCCGCACUGGGCUGCUGACGGAGACGUCGUCCCGUUACGCCCGUAAGAUCUCGGGCACCACCGCGCUGCAGGAGGCUCUGAAGGAGAAGCAGCAGCACAUCGAGCAGCUGCUGGCCGAGAGAGACGCAGAGCGAGCCGAGAUGGCCAAAGCCCAGAGCCACAUCAGCGAGGUGGAGAAGGAGCUGACUGUCAUCAAGGUGCAGCAUGUGCAGUUUGUGUCGGAGAACGAGGGCGCCCUGCAGCAGGUCAGAGCUCUGCUGGCCAGCACGCAGAAAGACAAACUGGAACUGACCAAUCAGCUGGAAGAAGAGAAAAGGAAAGUGGAGGAUCUCCAGUUCAGAGUCGAGGAGGAAUCCAUCACCAAGGGAGACCUGGAGACUCAGAGGAAACUGGAGCGUGCCCACAUUCGUCAGCUUGAGCAGAGUCUGCUCCUCGAAAAGUCGAGAGCAGAGGGGCUUCACAAAGACGUAGAGAAGAGGAGGCAAACCACGGUUGAGGAGCAGAGUCGCAUCGUGCAGCUGGAGGAGGAGCUGAGCCUGCGGAGGGCGGAGAUGGAGAACCUGCAGGUGAAGCUCCGAGGGUCCGACUCCGGUUCGCAGCAGGAUGAGGGCGACGGCGAGGCCCCGGGGUCUGACGCGCCGCCGGAGACCCUCGUCCUGCGCGCCCAGCUGGCGUCGGUGGGCCGCGAGCACAACAAGGAGAGCAGCGAGCUGAAGGAGAAGUACGAGGCGGCGUUAGCGGCGAGUAAGCAGGACGUCACCUCGCUCAGGGCCGAGCUGGAGAGUAAGAGCCAGGAGCUGAGUGAGCUGAAACAGAAGGUCCAGGACGCUGCCAAGGAGAACGUGGAGAUGAUGGACACCUGGAAGGAUAAAUUCGACUCCUUAGUGAUCCAGCACCAGCGCUCCCUGGAGGAUCUGAAGGCCACGCUGUCAGGUGAUCAUCCCUCUGCAGCCGGCCCCGAGCAGGGCGCCCAGGAGCUGCGGGCCUCUCUGGAGAGCCUGAAGACGGAGCACCAGCUGGAGAUGGAGAACCUCAAGGCCAAACACAAGAUCGAAGCGGCCAUCCUCGCCAAGGAGCGCGAGGACUUCUGCUCCCGUCUGCAGGAGGCCAAAGAGCAGCUGGCAGAGGGGAACCAUGGCUGGAGGAGCGAGGCGGUCGCCAAGAGCAGCAAGCUGGCCCUGGAGGAGGCCGGGGAGAAGCUGCAGAGGGCGGAGCAGAGGCUGGCCGAGAUGGAGAAGCUCCACAUGGAGAAGGACAGAAGCUCGGAGGAUCUGAGAGAGAGGCUGGAGCUGUCGGAGAAGAAGAUGAGCGACUAUAAGGCGCUGCAGAAAGCCCAGGCCGAGAGCCGGGAGGAGAUCCAGAAGCUGGAGGAGAAGCUGAGGGUGACGGCCAAUCAGCUGCAGGCAACGCAGGCCGACCGCUACACCUCCAACGAUGCAAACGUGAUAGAAGAUAACGACAUUACAGAAGAGAAGAUGAAGCUAAAGCAGAGUGUCGAAGAGACGAUGGAGAAGUUGAUGAAAAGGGAGAAGGAGGUGACCACUCUCUCUUCCCAGCUGGAAGCGUUCAAAUCCCAGAUCGGAGCUCUGGAGGGCAAGGUGCGCUCCGGAGAGAAGAAAGCCGAGGCUCUGGCCAGGGAGAAGAUGCGAGUGGAGUCGGAGCUGGAGUCCAUGACCAAGAAGUCCCAUGAUGCCUCUGGGCAGCUGGUCAAUAUCAGCCAGGAGCUGCUGAAGAAAGAGAGGAGUCUGAAUGAACUGCGGGUGUUACUCCUGGAGUCUCAUCGCCACUCUCGGGACAUGGAGAAAGACCUGACCCGGGAAGUGCACAAGGCCGAGUGGAAGGUGAAGGAGCAGAAACUUCAGGAGGACAUCAAGAGCCUGCGCGAGAAACUGCUUCUGCUGGGUCGGGAGCGCUCCUCCCCGGACCACCGGCGGUACUCCAUGCUGGACCCGUCGGUGCUGGACUCGGAGAUGACCCGGCUCCGGCAGCGGCUGCUCAGCACGGAGGACGCCCUGAGGAACGCCAUGGAGCACAACCAGCAGGUGGACCAGCUGGUGCAGGCCAUGCGCAGACAUCCGGAGAAAAGCCCGGUGCAUGGUGCAAAUUCAGCCAAUGGGAUUCAUCAUCAGGAGUCCGGCAGUACUCGAGAUGAGCAACACUGAUACGAGCAGAAGAGAUCAGACUGAAGUGGGACAUCUUAAAGAACACGUUUUCCUCCUGAUCCUGCGAUGGACGCCUGAAGAAGAUUUCAGUUUACACUUAAAACCAAAACAGCGAAUCUCUAUCUCCAGUGAAUUUAUGUGUUGUUGCAGAAAGCACCUAUUAGCCAAUCAUGAAGACCGCUUAAAGUACUAUAAAAUAUAAACAGGAAAUGGGACGUGAAGAGAUAUUACCGGUACAAACUCCUGAGAGCGUACAGUAUGGCAACUUUUGAUGCUUUACAGUAGUUAGAAAUUGUGUUAAAGUUGCCGGGAACUCUGUGACAAUUGCUCCUUUUGAACCAGAAGGCCAAACGGCUGAUGGACAACGACGUGAAGAACUGAAGAUCUCAGUCCCUCUGUUUUUUUUAUUUAUUGCUUUUACUUUGAUUUAAUCCUGUAUGAGCAAGCUGUUUUGGUGCUCAGAUCAAUGACUGGCUUUUAUUUUAGGGAGUUUGGCUCGUUUGUCACUUUACUUCAUAUCUAAUGAGAAUUCUUAGGAACCUCAUUACGGUCAGCUCUGUCCGGUGUUCACGCUGCCGCUUUAGUGUACAAUAUGAUCAAUAACUGUGGUAUUAAAAAGAAUUGUUCAAGUAA